AUGCUCAGAAAGAAAAAGUUUUUUCAAAAACUAGUGAUGAUACUAGAAUUACGUACACCAAAUUUGGCAAUAGAACACAUGACAGGUGGGUAAAUUCUGCUCUUCAAAGUUUAUCUUGUUGAGCAUUUGAGGGCGUGUUUUCCGGCAUAGCUUGGACAGACUGCGUGCUGAGGUGGUGCGAUUGCGCUCCGAUUGCAGAAUGUCUAAAGCAAAGGGUGCAGUGUCGCAGGCGGUCCACAAGGUGAUCAUGGUGGGCAGUGGUGGCGUUGGAAAAUCGGCCCUCACUCUUCAAUUUAUGUAUGAUGAGUUUGUGGAAGAUUAUGAACCAACAAAAGCAGACUCUUAUCGUAAGACUGUAAUGCUGGAUGGUGAAGAAGUAGGAAUAGACAUCUUGGAUACUGCCGGACAAGAAGACUAUGCUGCCAUUAGAGAUAACUAUUUCAGAUCGGGGGAAGGAUUUCUCUGUGUGUUUUCAAUUACAGAACAUGAUAGUUUUUCAGCCACAUCUGAAUUUAGGGAACAAAUUCUGCGUGUAAAAGGAGAUGACAAUAUCCACAUUCCCUUUCUGCUAGUGGGAAACAAAGCAGAUUUGGAUGAUAAGAGACAAGUAUCUUUAGCAGAAGCUGAAUCACAAGCAAGACAGUGGAAUGUGCCUUAUGUGGAAACUUCUGCCAAAACUAGGAGCAAUGUAGAUAAGGUAUUUUUUGAUCUUAUGCGAGAAAUUCGAAAUUUAAAAGUUUCUGAAAAUAAAGUAAGUAAUGGACCCAAGAAACCUGGUAGAAAAAGAAGAUGUGUGAUAAUCUAAACCCAUGUUGAAUGUACUAAGUAGUAUUAGUGUUUUCAUUUUUAAUGAAAUGUGCCACUUUCUAUAAUUUCUUUUAUUCGUGAAUAAUUGAUUGACUUGUGCUUCUUAGUGAACUUCAAAAUUCAAUUUAUUAAUUAAUAUAAUGCAUGCCACUGUUCCUACACUAUCACCUGUAAUUGGCUAAUAACUUAGGAUCACUGGAUUUCUAUACAGGUUAUUGGAUUGAUGAUAAAGAAAGCCAAAAUGUUAUCCAUUGUUUAACUUUCCCAUACUGUGAUUGCGCUUUUUUAUUACUUCUAGAAUUAAUAUCUAUUAUCGUGAUUGCACUCCCAAAGAGUCAUCUUUAAAUUACCAAAUCAAUUCAAUAAUAAAGUUUUUCGAUAGUUUUUAACUAGUUUCUGAAGAUUUACACUAUAAAAGCAAAAUGUAAUUAACCUUUAAAUUUAGAAAUAAAUUUUGCCUCCUUUUUUUUACCAAAAAUCAAGUUUUAAAGAGAAUUAAUUCUAGAAAUCUAGGCACCCUAAGUUCCUUUUCACCCCCAUUCUUUGCUGAAACAGGCUUCAAAUGCUGAGUAUUGAAUCAGCAAUCCAGUAUCUAAAGUAGAGAUCAGUGCUACGAAUUCUGCUCUAUAAAGGAACCAAUUUUAUAAGAAUUUUAUACAUUUCUAAGCUAUUGAAACUAAAAUAUUUAUAUUUUAAUACAUUAUUUUAAAUUUUAGAAUCUUUAAAUGUUGUAAGAUUUUCAAAACUGCAUACAGCUUAUUUUUCGAACUCUCGUGUAAAAAUUUCGGAUCCUCCAAAUACAAAAUGCCUAUAAAAGUUGCAAAAUUUGCACAUUUAUGUACUCAAAUUUUAUUUACACUAUUUUUAUGUUCCCUUUGUUGAAAAAUUGAUAAUUUAAGUUGUUUUAUAUUUUACACAUUUUAUUUCGUUUAACUUUUAUCGUUUAAUGAUUUGGUUUUGUUAAAUAUCUUUGUAAGACUUGUCAUUUACAGUUUUGUAACCUAUUGAUGAAACACUUGUGUGUGUUUUUGUGUUAUGCAGCUCUAAAAAAGUUUAUAGCAAAACCACUUUUUCUGUAAAUAUAAUUUUCUUAUGUCAUUAGUAAAGUUUGUAAAACUAUAAUAACUGUAUUAUGUUAUAUUUGUUUUCAGAAUAAAAUGUUUUUUUUUUUUUAUAAAGA